AGAAGAACCCCGGAGACGGCUGCGUGUGCGCAUGCGCGGCUGAACAGUGGCGGAAGUAGAGUUUGCUGCACGCUCAAUGAAACGCGCCCAAAACGCUCCUGAAACGCGCUGAAAAUGUGGAGGUUUGUGCCCAAACUGCUGCUGCUGGUGCUGCUGGUUUUCCCGGCGACGCUGCUGGUGCGAGAGCCGCUGGCGUCGGCUCAGGACCUGACGGAGGACGAGGAGGCCGAGGCUGUGGAUGAAGACGUGGUCGAUGACGUCGCCGAUGACGUCACGGACGAUGCGGUCGCGGACGAGGAAGACGACGAGGCAGAAGUGGAGGACGAUGAGAACGCGGAACUGGCAGAAGAUAAAGAGGACGAGGAGGAAGAGGCUUUGGUGGGAGAGAUGAAGGCUUCUCCAAAUGCAGACACCACCAUCCUCUUCGUCAAAGGAGAAGAUUUUCCCGCCAACGACAUCGUGAAGUUUCUGCUCGGAUUCACGAACAAAGGGACAGAAAACUUCAUCGUGGAAUCUCUAGACGCAUCGUUCCGUUAUCCUCAGGAUUAUCAGUUCUUCAUUCAGAACUUCACGGCGCUCCAGUUGAACACGGUGGUUCCUCCGAGUCGUCAGGCCACGUUCGAGUAUUCGUUCAUCCCGGCCGAGCCCAUGGGGGGGCGCCCUUUCGGUCUGGUGGUCAACCUCAACUACAAAGACGCCAACGGAAACGUGUUCCAGGACGCCGUCUUUAACCAAACCGUCACCAUCACUGAGAAGGAGGAUGGACUGGACGGAGAGACGAUCUUCAUGUACGUGUUCCUGUCGGGGCUCGGGCUGCUCGUGGUCGUGGGUUUGCAUCAGCUGCUCGAGUCCAGAAAGCGUCGGCGUCCGGCGCCUAAAGUGGAAAUGGGAACUUCAACUCACAACGACGUCGACCUGAGCUGGAUCCCCCAAGAGACGCUCAACCAGAUCAACAAAGCUUCUCCGAGACGAUCACCGCGGAAACGAAACCAGAAGCGCUCGGCGGGCUCGGACGAGUGACUCCGCCCCCCCGUCGCCGAGGGCAACGCGGGCGCCGACCCCAGCGCUCCUCUUGAACUGUCGCCAGUGCCACGGUGAACGGGCGCCGCCGCCGCCGCGGGCACCGAGGACCGAGGCUCCCGCGCUUCAACCACGUCCAGUUUUUGAAUGUUUCUGCAUCGACUUCACUGUUUUGGUUCAAAUUCUCUCCUGUGUAAGUUUCACUGUUGGUUUUUCUUUUUUUUUUUUUUUUUUUUUAUAAGUAAAGUUUUAUUUUGCAACAUUUCUAAUAAAAAUGUCCCAGUGUCUCCAAACGUCUGUGGGGUUAAACAGCGGCUGCGCCACGUUUACAGAUUCGUCUUUCCUUUUGAUUGAUUUGAAAACGGCUCAGUGUCUCCCCUCCGUUUGCUCCCCGCGCUGAGUCACUCCCCCUUCAGAGCGCCAUCACAACACCACGAUGCGACGAGCUGCACUUUCAAGUCGCCGUGUACAGUUUUGUAUCAUGUUUUUGUACAUUUCUGGAGAAUUGUCGUGCGGGAGCAUGGGGGGGGCGUACGGAGAGAUCACUAGAUUACUCAAACAUGCACUGGUGACUGUAAACCCUCCAAAUUGAGCAGUUUUGCAGAAUGCCCCGUCUUUAACCUCAGAUGUAAACCCGACAGAACACUCCAGAACCUUUCAGAUCAACCCGGACUUGAAUCAUUACUUUAAUUUUACUCACGUGUAGUUUUAUAAAGUUUUAGAGCAUCAGAUUAAACAUUUGGGAUCUUAAAAGUACAAAUCGGUUGCGUUCACGUGACGUCCUCACGUGAACGUGAGGGUUCAGAUCCUCAGGCAAAGUUUGCCGUUAAAAUAAAUACGAGAAGUUUGUGGAGCCGAUCCCGAAAAAACAAGAGAGAGAAACAUUUGUUUGAGCUUCUCUUCGUUUUUAAAGAAAUCUCCAAACUUCUGAUCCACAGAGUUCGAAAACAUCUGAGAUUAUGACGUUCAGUUCCAGCUCGUGAACACUUUCCAUUCAAACCCGAAGUGUGUUUACGUUUGUGCAGAAGUUAAAUCGCUGAAUCAGGAUUUGUGUUUUGUAAAAUAAAUUAACGCUAGAAAUGUACUUUUUUUUUUUGUUUUGUUCCUGUCAUGUUUUUGUUUUUUUUCAUUGGGCUGAUUUGAUGAUUAAAAUCUGAUCCUCGGGUCAAAUGGGACUUAAAGUGAAACUAAACACAGAAAAUCUGCCCACAACUGCAGUUCAGAGCUGCGCAGUGCUGUGUGAUGUCACGUAGUACACAGACUGACCUCAUUUGCAUUAAAAUUACCAAAAUAAAUACGACUGAACACAAAAUGAGGCUUAAAAAAAAACAAAAACAAAACCCAGACUGUUAAGUGGCAGAAAAGUGGAUUUUGGUGUUUAGUUCGUCUUUAAACUCGUUGCAGUUUCAUGUUUUGCUUUUAGAUUUCUGCUCAUUUUGAAUAAUUUUGUUAUGAAUUCAUUGAUUUUGUGCCUAAUUGUUUUGGCUUUGUUUAGUUGUUUUUGAAUGAACGGUCUGAAGCACUGGUGUAAAUACGAGCGACGAAAAGCAAAAAACAAGGUUUAAUUUAUUAGAAUCGACACUUCGCCAAACUCCCAGGAGAGGGCGCCGGUUACAGUCAGGGCUCAUGUUUUUGUCCUGCAGGGGGCAGGACCGGCGUCGCUGAUGAAGCAGACAGGGUCAAGGGGAGGGUAGAUACUGAAUGUUCCACAGUUUAGCAUUAAUCUCGUUUAUUAAACUGCAACAAAUCUGUGAAAAACUUGUAUUCUUACUGUGAGCAGCGUCGCCUCUCCACAGAUCUGACCUGUAGCUUGGUCUGGUGGUGUCACACGCUCGUCUCCACGGCGAUGAGGCAGCAGCUGGUCUUAAUGUUUCUCAGUGAAAGUGUGAGACUAGAACUUAACCAGGUCUAAAACUAGAUCAUCUUAAGGCUGGAAAAUGGUCUGAGGUCUUAAUUGGGUCUAAAACUGGUCUAACCCGGGUCUAUAACUUGAUCUCAACCAGGUUUAAAACUAGUCUAACUCAGACCCAGUUAAGACCUAAAACUGGUCUAAUCCAGGUCCAUGUGUUCAAGAUGUGCAGGAUUUUUCCGUACAGGUUCGUGUCCUCGAAGAGUUUUAGUCCCAGUCUGGUUUCAGGACACUGCAGGUCCCUGGGGCUGCACCUGUCGGUUUACCUGUCAGCCUCUGCACCUGUCAGCUCCUCCGUUAAGGCCGGUUCAUGAUUCCCCCUAAAUCUUUUUUCAGUUUUCAAGUUUUGAGGCGUUGGGAGAUGUUCAAACUUCAGCUUGGAUAAAUCCAUGUUUUGUUUUUUUAACUGUUGGUGUAAUUUUGAUUUAGAUUUUUUUUUUUGCUUUUGAUGCGAAAGAAAUAAAGAUGGAUGAAAAUGUG